AUGCUGCUUGAAAAAUUGGCCUCUCGUGCGGUGUCAAACCAUGCCCGUCAAGAAGGAAUCCAUCGUGAGUUGAAGAAGCUGGAGAAAAUGUUGCCAGAUAUUCGUGAUGUUCUCGUCGAUGCAGAGGAGAAGCAAAUGACAAAUGAUGGAGUCAAAUCGUGGAUGGAGGAUCUCAACGACGUGGCUUUCGAUUUGGAUGAUUUGCUUGAUGAUAUUGCUACUGAAGCUUUGCGACUGGAGCUGAACAUGCUAGAAUCUGAAGCUAGUAGUAGUAGUAAGGUACGAAAACUACUCAUCCUAACUUGUUGCACUUCCUUCAGUAGUAGUACUCCUAGCGCUAUUAAGCUUGAUCACAAUAUGAUGUCGAAAGUGGAGGAAAUUACUGCCAGGUUAGAAAAUAUUGAAACCCGACAGAAUAGCCUGAAUUUGGUAGAGAUUGUCGAAGGGGAUAGGUCCAACAGAGUAAGAAAAAGACGCGACACGUCUUCUUCAAUGGACAAAUCUCAUGUUUAUGGCAGAGAAAAUGAUAAAGAGGCUAUACUUGAUUUGUUGAUUGAUGAAGCUAGUGUUGACAAAGUCUCUGUCAUUCCCAUUGUGGGAAUGGGAGAUGUUGGCAAGACAACGCUCACUAAGCUGGUCUAUGACAAUGAACGUCUAAAGGGUCAUUUUGAUCUCAAGGCGUGGGUCUGUGUUUCUGAUGAUUUUGAUAUUGUUGGAGUAACCAAGAAAAUUCUUGAGGCGGUCAGUUCAACAACUCAUAAAGAUGAGGCUUUGAAUAUGCUUCAACAGAAACUAAAGAUGAACUUGUCAGGCAAAAGAUUUCUUCUUGUUUUGGAUGAUGUUUGGAAUGAGAAUUAUAAAGAAUGA